CAAAAGCCCAGGCUCAGUUUUAGAGCCUGGGAACCGUGUCUCCGAAAAUGACAGCUAGAGCUUUCUGGCUCCUCUGUUUGAUCCUUGGAUCAUCUCCCGAAGCCCCAGUGGCGGAGAGAAAAGGGCUCCCGGCCUCCCCAGCUCUCCUCGCGCAGCCUCGCCGCCCCACAACAGGAAGCCCGACCCCGGCGGCGGUCCGAGUGCGGAGGAGACGCCGGGGCCCCGGGCGCAGCCGGUCCCUGAAGCCCCGCGGCGGCCGCGCGCAGCCGAAACCGCUCCCCGCGCUUGGACCGACCCCUCCUCCCGGGCCCGGGCUGCAGAGCCCAGGCCGCGAGGCGAGCCUUUCCGAGCCCAGAGCGGCGGGCUGUGCUCGCGGACUCCCCUAG